UCCUGCAGACGGAUUUGUUUACAUGCGCACUCGGAGGCUGCUACCUGCUACGUUAGCAACUCUCUUAGCCAACACUAACGCUACGAUUUCCAUUCAGGUGACAUUAACAGUUGUCAGCCAUGGGGAAGUCGUUUGCCAAUUUCAUGUGCAAGAAGGAUUUUCAUCCUGCGUCGAAGUCAAAUAUCAAAAAGGUAUGGAUAGCAGAACAGAAAAUAACCUUCGACAAGAAGAAGCAAGAAGAUCUCAUGCAGGCGUACAUGAAGGAACAGGAUUGUUACAACAACAGGGUGUUGAUGGGGGAUGAUCGUGUUAAAAAUGGCCUCAAUUUCAUGUACGAGGCUCCACCGGGAGCAUCCAAAGAGGAAACAAAAGAGGAUGGGGAAGAAGAGUACAAAUUUGAGUGGCAGAAAACGGCUCCGAGAGAGAAAUAUGCGAAGGAUGACAUGAAUAUUAGAGAUCAGCCGUUUGGAAUCCAGGUGCGCAACGUGCGGUGCAUCAAAUGUCACAAAUGGGGCCACGUGAACACAGACAGAGAGUGUCCCCUCUAUGGUCUGUCGGGUAUCAAUGCCAGCGCUGUGGCCCCCGAGGAGGCACCAGGUCCGUCGAUGCACCCCUCGGAGUUAAUAGCGGAGAUGCGAAACAGUGGGUUUGCCCUGAAAAAAUGUGUCCUUGGUAGAAAUUCUACUGUUUGUGAUAUAUCGCAGGAAUAUGUUGCCAGUGAGGAUGAGGAAGAUCCCGAAGUGGCAUUUCUUAAGUCAUUGACGAAAAAGGAAAAACAAAAGCUCCUCAGAAAACUUGAUCGCCUGGACAAAGAGAAGGCGAAGAAAAAGAAGAGCAAGAAACAGAAGAAGAAGAGCAAGAGAAAACACAAAAAAAAGGCUGAAAGUAGUGACAGCUCGAGUGACUCCUCCGAUAGCAGCAGCAGCAGCAGCAGCAGCAGCAGCAGCAGCAGUAGUAGUGAUAGUGACUCAGAUUCAGACAGCCAUGGCAAGUUCAAGAGCCAAAAGAAAAAGAAGAACAAGAAAAAAGAUUCCUGUCGGGAUAACAGCUCUAAGAGCGAGCGGCGAGUCAAGAGUCAGAAAAAGGCCUCCUCUCACAGAAGCAGGUCACAGAGCCCUCACGCCGAACACAAGCGGCCUGAAGAGAAGUCGGGAGAUUAUAGACAAACAAGGACAGAGAGGGGAAGGAGCGGGAGUUGUAGUCUUAUCCCAGAGAACAAGAUCAAGCAGGAGGGAGGUCAAGAGAGAAAGAGACACAACAGCAGGGACAGAGAGAGACCUAGCAGCUCUGCCGUGGACAGAAGCAGGAGCGGCGAGAGAGGCAGGGAGGAGAGAGGGAGAGACGGGCGUCACAGCAGAGAUGUUGAGAGGAACAGAAGCAGCCCAGAUGGAAGGAGAGGCAGAACAGCAGAUGGGAGGACCAGAAGCAGGGAGAGGAGGAAGGAAAGAGAUGGCAUGGGGAGAAGCAGGAGUAGGGAGAGAAAGGAAAGAAGCCAAGACGGAGCCAAAACAAGGCACUGACUGUUUAGCUGUUUUCCUCUCUUACAAUAUUGGACAAAAUAUGUUGAAUCCCCUUUUGUGAUGACUCUGUGAUUACUGAGAACACUAUAACUGUCUCUCUAUUUAAAUUGCAGAUAUUGUUCAGUAGGUUUUCCUUUUUUCUCCAGUAGAGGGAAGCAGUGGACAGAUAAUAUCCAGAUGCAGCUCGUUGUGCCCUUGUGUUGUUUGGAAGAGUCUAGAUUAAUUGAUAACCAUUGCAAGCAAUUUGCAGCUAUGAUCCGUUGAUGGAAAAAUAUUGGACUCAUUUUAAUGGUCAGUUGGCCACCGGAAGACCAUUUUCUGCGAUGCAGUUUUUUUUAUAUAUUGCAUUCAUUAUUGUGUCUUUUUGGGAAAUAUCGUCAUUGUAAGAUGUAAUGCUUGGACGGCUGUUGAUUCCGAAAAAAAAAGUCUCGAUAUUUUAUUUUCUGAUUAAAUUUUAAAUUCUCUCCAAAA